AUGUUAAACCUGCUAGCCCUUUUAAAUACGCCCCAUUUCAUAUCCCAUCAAUGCAUAGUCGUUACCACUGGCCAAAGGGAAAAUAAUUUGGCAUGCGAUAAGGAAUGUGAACGCAGACUAGCUAUGGGUAUGAAGUGGAUAUCAAAAAAGUCGACUGUGGAGAAUGGUGGUUGCACUGACAACUUGUUCGCACACAAUGCAUCCUUUUUGAAAAAAACUACUAAAACAUUAUCAAAUACGAGGCAAUUUCCAAGACCACCGAUUUUUCUCAAUUGUUGCUACAGUCAAGUCAGACAGGUUCGACAAGAUGGUGGACCAAUCGCUGAAAAGAAAAGAGAAAUUAGACGAGCUCAAACAAAUGAUACCAAAUGUCUUGAGAAAGGUACUGCCUACAAUAAUUCCGUUGCUUGCCUGAAUUUAGUCCUAAAUGAGGAAAAAUUGCUUAUCAAACACAUUCCACUUCAAAAUGGUCCAUUUUGUAAUCCAAAACUUGAUAUACUUCCAAAAACAUCUAGAAUUUUCAGCGACAAAGUUGCCUCAUCGAUGAAUAAUCGUGAUAACAAAUGGAGGCAACGAAAUUGCAGGAAAAUGAAAUCCUAUUUCUUGUUGAGAUCAAGGUCUAAAGAAAGUGUGCUCAAUGGGGGAGUGCUUUGCUUUCAAAACAUUAAGAGCUAUUAA